AUGGCAACUCCCGGAAUGCUCUACGUGACUAUGCAGCCGAAGCCUGGCCUGGCUCUCGAGCAGUUCCACGAGUGGUACAACAACGAGCACGGCCCAACCCGCCUGCGUCUUCCCCAAAUCUUUACCAACGGCUUGCGAUACCGCGCCAACGACGGCAAGGAGCCGUCCUUUCUCGCCGUCUACGACGUGACCUCCAUGUCGCACCUCGAAACGCCCACCUACACCACCCUUCGAGCGAACCGCUCUGCCCGCGAGGCAGAGACCAUUGGCCAAGUCGAAGUCACGAGAUACUUCUACGACCUGGUCACUGAGCAAAAGGCCCCGCUGUUCCUGCCCAUCGAGCAACUCUCCGACAAGGAGGCCGAGGGAAUCGAGCUUGUCGCCGUCGAGACCACCCUCAAGGACGAGUCCGCCGAACCCGAGUUCAAGAAGUGGUACGGAGAGGAACACAUUCCCAUGGUGUCAAAGGUCCCGGGCUGGCUGAGGACCCGCCUCUUCAAAAUCUCCUCCAUCGGCGACGGAGCCGGGAGCAAGACUACCUACCUCGCACUACACGACUACGCCCGUACAAACGGCCUGGGCGGUCCCGAGCACAAGGCCUCCGUGGCCACUGCCUGGGGCGCCGAGGUUGCCAAGUCUGUCACGGCCAAGAACCGCCCCUCGGCCGGCACCUUUACCGCCCCGGACGGCAAGACCACCACGAUUCCCGGAGAGGACGAGGUCAUUAGCUCUUACAUCACAACGGAGGACCAGCUGUCGAUCCCCUACAGGCUGGAGGGCAGCGCCAAGGACGACGCGCCGACGGUGGCCUUCUGCAACUCGCUCUUGACGUCGCUGCACAUGUGGGACCCGAUCGUGAAGCUGUUGAAAGAGCAGCGUCCCGACCUGCGCAUCUUGCGAUAUGACACGCGUGGCCGCCACUCGAUCCCUAACCCACCUGUGCCGGCGACACUGGAUCUCCUAGCCUCGGACUUAUGCACCGUUCUCGACGCGCUGCGCAUCCGCAAGCUGCAUGCCCUGAUUGGAGUUUCCAUGGGCGGUGCGACGACGACCAACUUUGCCAUCACGUAUCCGAUGCGGCUGAAGAAGUUCAUCGCCUGCGAUUUCAACGUGACGUCCAGCGCCGCCAACACUCAGGCGUGGAAAGAUCGCAUCGCGGUGGCGGAAGAGAAGGACGGAGCCGGGAUUGAGAAGUUGGCUGGGCAGACGGUGGGUCGCUGGUUCCACCCGGCCACAAUGGAAAAGGAGAGCGUCGUCAAGUCGAUGACGGAAAUGGUCGCAAGCAACAACGUUGAAGGGUUCAAGUACAGCUGCCAGGCCCUGUGGGACUAUGAUCUCAAGCCGGCGCUCAAGUUUUGUCAAGUUCCCGGGCUGCUGGUCGUCGGUGACGGUGACGGCAAAGGCGCGCUUGUCAAGGCGAUGGAUGGGUUCAAGGACCUGGUGGGAGACAAGGGGGCGGAGCUGAAAAUUGUGCCAAACGCCGGCCAUCUUCCCAUGUGGGAAGACCCUGCGGCGUUCUGGGAGGCGAUCCAGGGAUUCUUGUAG